CGGAAGUCCUCCUUGAAGCACUAUAAGAACAUUGACAGCUUCCUCUCCCAUCACUCUUACCAGACGUUUGCUCAGAUACGCUUGCUCUUUGUCUUGAAGCAUCGCGCUGGCCACGUAUCUUCUCUCUACCACCGCAGAGCACCACACUGACCAGUCUCCGUGGGUUCGUGUCUACCGCUUUGAACGGACAGCUCCCCCUCAAGGACGACACAAUGGCGCCACAUCCCUUCAAGAUCCUCAGCAUUGAGGAGACCCGCCUCGCCCGCGAUGUCAUCCUCUCUCUCCACCCGGAUGUUGUCGUUGACUUCCGGGAGAUCUUCCUCAAUGAGCCCAACAAGGAGCUCAUGAAGAAGUAUCUUGAGGUCGAGCAUGCGGCGCAGCCUGGAAAGUCAGUACACUCGAAGCGGCCUCCGCGAUUGGCGAAGUGUCAGUACGAUGUAAUUGGAUCUGACAAGAUCCCGGAGUACCACGAGUCGAUUGUUGAUGUUGAGACGAGGAAGAGAGUCAAGCAUGAGAUCAUUGGUAAGGAGCAGCAGGCUUCUUUGACUCUGUGGGAGUUUGAGAACCUUGUGCAGGCGUGCAAGGAGAGUGAGGAGUUCCAGCAAGCGAUCAAGGAGUUCCAUCUACCGGAGGGCUUUGAGCUCGUUAUCGAGCCUUGGCCUUAUGGCGGACGAGACGACACUAGCGAGACUACAAGGUACUUCCAAGGAUUGUGCUUCGGUCAGGACACCAGGAACGGCAACCCUGACUCCAAUUUUUACGCCUACCCUCUCCCCAUCAUACCUGUAAUGGACGCACACACGAAGAAGAUCUGCCGAGUCGACCGACUCGCUACAGGAGGAAAAGGAGAUAGCCUGACAGGAAAGACUCACUCUCCCCAAAUUCUUGCCCACUGCCAACCCGCCGAGUAUGUUCCGGAGCUGGUGGAAGGAGGCACCCGGAAAGAUAUGAAGCCUAUCAACAUUACUCAGCCAGAAGGCACUUCGUUCAAGGUUUCCGAUGAUUCGUUUGUAGAAUGGCAGAAGUGGAGCUUCCGUGUGUCAUUCAACCCUCGUGAAGGAGCUGUUCUGCACGACGUGCGAUACGAAGGCCGAAGUAUCAUCUACCGUCUCAGCAUCAGCGAAAUGAGCGUUCCCUAUGCCGAUGCCCGAGCGCCCUUCCACCGGAAGCAAGCGUUUGAUUUUGGCGACGGUGGUGCUGGUAAUUGCGCAAACAACCUGUCUCUCGGCUGUGAUUGUCUUGGUGUUAUCAAGUACUUCGACGCCGUCAUCGUUAGCUCAGAUGGUGAGCCCAAGGAGCAUCCCAACGUCAUCUGCCUACACGAGCAGGACAACGGUAUCGGCUGGAAGCACACCAACUGGAGAACCGGCCGAGCAGUCGUGACUCGCAUGCGCGAGUUGGUCGUCCAGUUCAUCAUUACCCUCGCCAACUAUGAGUACGUAUUUGCGUACAAGCUGGACACUGCAGGCGGCAUCACUCUCGAAGUACGCGCAACCGGCAUCGUAUCCACCGUUAAUAUCGACCCGGGCAAGACCUCGGAAUACGGCAACGUCGUGUCCGGCGGCGUCCUCGCGCAGAACCACCAGCACAUCUUCGCCGCGCGCCUCGACCCCGCCAUCGACGGCCACAAUAAUACGCUUCUCUACGAGGAGUCGCAUACUGCGCCCUGGGACAAAGAAACGAAUCCAAACGGCAACUUCUAUGAGAUCCGCAAGACGGUCGUGAAUCGCAGCCAGGGUCUGGAUGCGGCGCCAGAACAUAACCGCACGUUCAAGAUCAUCAAUGAGAGCAAGAAAAACAAGCACAGCGGCAACCCAGUCGGCUACAAAUUCCAGCCACCCGCAACACAGAAACUACUCGCCGCGCCGGGCAGUCUGCAGUACCAGCGCGCGCUCUUCGCCCAGCACCACGUCUGGGCGACAAAGUACCGCGAAGACGAACUGUACGCUGCGGGGCGGUACACGCUGCAGAGCCAUGUGGAGAAGGGCGGCGUGCACGACAUGGUGGCGCGCAAGGACGAUAUCACCAACCAAGAUCUAGUUGUCUGGAGUGUGUUUGGGUUGACACACAACCCUCGUGUUGAAGACUGGCCGGUCAUGCCAAGCGAGAUUUUCCAGGUGCAUUUCAAACCUUCGGACUUCUUUGAGAGGAAUCCGGCAAUUGAUGUACCAUCCUCGAGGAACCAGGCUAGUGUGCUCGCGAAGGAUUGUUGCUCUGCUGGUCAGAAGCUGUAGGUGGGGUGUGCGAUAGCUGAGUGGAAUAUUUGACGAAGACCAUGUGCAUAGGAUCUCUUGAAUUAUGUAUUGAAUUAGGACUGCAUGAUAACCCUUACCGCAUAAUAGACCUAUAUAUUCCUGC